AUGAACGGUGAGUCAAACAAUGAUCUCGAUCUAUCAAAAGAGAUUAACUACACCGAACACAUGUACUCAUUGGACGAGUUAAGUACAAAAUUGCAAACUAGUGUAGACUCGGGUAUCAGCGACCGGGAGGCCGACGAGCGGCACAAACGGGACGGCCCUAACGCUUUCACACCGCCUAAACUGACCCCGGGUUGGGUACUAUACCUAAGGGAGAUGACCACCGGUUUCGCAAUUAUUAUAUGGUUGGCCUCAAUCGCCAGUUUCAUCUGCUAUGGCAUCGAUAAAGUGCCCCAAUAUUACUAUUUGGGUAUAGUGUUGGCACUGGUAGUGCUGAUCACCGGCACCUACUCCUACUCACAACAGGCCAGCAGUUCAAAAAUAUUUGAAUCGUUUAAGAAUAUGGUGCCCCAGCAAACAGUAGUCAUACGGGGCGGUGAGCGCAAGGAGGUGUCGGCCGAGACCCUGGUUGUGGGCGAUCUGGUAUACUGUAAAUCCGGCGAUCGGGUGCCGGCAGACAUCCGGGUCGUCCGAUGCGAGGCCAUGAAAGUGGAUAACUCAUCCCUAACGGGUGAGUCGGACCCACUCCUACGCUCGGCAGACGUCGGGCACAGCAACCCAUUGGAGGCCAAAAAUCUGGCCUUUUUCUCGACCAACUGUGUGGACGGCUCCGGCUAUGGUGUGGUCAUUGCCAUUGGCGAUAAUACCGUGAUGGGCAAAAUUGCCAAGCUCGUUACCGGCAUAGCCCGUGAGAAAACACCCAUAGCCAUCGAGAUUAGCAGGUUUACCAAGAUUAUUACGGCCAUAGCUAUUGGCAAUGGUGUAGUGUUUUUCGCAAUUUGCAUGGGCUUUGGGCUGACCUUUUUCAACGCGCUCAUUUUUAUGAUCGGCAUUAUUGUUGGCAACAUUCCUGAAGGCAUUAUA